AUGAACAUAACUAGUAGUAUUCAACAACCGGUGCCAUUAUCAACCGAUGAACCAUUAAUAUCAUCACCACCACCACCCAUAGUUUUACCAUCGAUACCACCACCGCCACCACAAUCGUCAUCAUCAUCAUCACAAAAUUUCCCUGUUUCAUCAUUAAUUUCACGUUCAUCUAUUGUUGAUCAUCGAAUAAAAUCUCGUCCUGGUGGUGUUGAUAAUGAUACAAAUAAAUUAUCAUCAACAACAACAAUAAAACGUUCACAAGCUAUAUCAAAUAUACAAGAUUUAGAUGAAGAUAGUCCGGUGACAUUUGAAAUCGAUACUAAUGAACAUCUUCAUGGACGUAAAAAAGUCCAAGUACAAACAAAUCCUAUAUAUAUAAAUUAUCGAAGUAUGAAUGAUUCUAUGUCUUCAAUUGAUAAACAACAAACAAAUAAUAGUAGUGGUGGUGGUGAUGAAUCUGAUACACGUUCUGAAUCAAGUGAAAAAACACCUGAAUAUCUUGAAGAAGAAAAACCAAUAUUAUCUGGUAUACAUGUUAAAGGAGCGACAUUUAAUCGAUUAAUUCGUUUAUUAAUCGAUUCAUUUCAAUUAGAUGGAACAGUAAUUGAUGAUAGUGAAUAUCCUAAAGUAUUUUUUCUUAUGCAUAAAUGGAUAAUGGAAUCCGAAUAUUUAAGUAAUAUGUUAUAUGAUUUAUAUAAACAUUCAGGUGAUGAUUAUAAAAAAGCAAUAAAUAUAAAUGAAAAACGUUUUUCCAAAGACUAUCAAUUACGUAUUUGUCAUGCUUAUAAUUUUUGGAUGAAAACUUUUCCAAUGCAUUUUGAUCUUGAUAAAAAAUUAAAAGAAACAUGUGAAAAAAUGAAAAAUCUUAUUGAAUUAUCAGGUGAUAUUGAAUGUAUGAAAUUAGUUGAUCUUUCACAAAUACCAUCAUUUGAUUGGAUGCGUCAAAUGACAGUACGAAAUCAAAUAAAAAAUAAAACUGUUUCACUUGGUUUUAAUAAUAUUGAACCACAAACAUUAGCAGCACAAUUAACAUAUUUAGAAUGGAAAAUUCUUCGACGAAUUACAUUUACAGAUUAUAAAACUUAUGCAAUUAAAAAUACUCUUCAAGAUAAUCCACGUCUUGAACGUUCAAUACAAUUUUUUAAUGGUUUAUCAACAUGGAUACAAUGUAUGGUUUUAAGUAAAAUGACACCGAAACAACGUGCAGAAAUUAUACAUAAAUUUCUUGAUGUUGCUAAACAUUUAAGAGAAUUACAAAAUUUUAAUACAUGCUUAGCAGUUAUUGGUGGUAUAUCACAUAGUGCAUUAGCACGUUUAUCAAAAACAAUGAUGUGUUUAUCAUCCGAAGAUCUUAAACUUUUAGGUGAAAUGACAGAUUUAUUAUCUUCAAAUUCAAAUUAUGCACAAUACAGAAAACAUUUAGCAGAUUCCGAUGGUUUUAAAAUACCAAUAAUUGGAGUACAUUUAAAAGAUAUAAUAUCUCUUCAUGUUGCAUUACAAGAUCGUCUUGAAUAUGAUCUGAUUAAUUUUCGUAAAUUAGUUCAACUUAGUAUAACAUUUCGAACGUUAACAAAUCUACAAGUAUCUGUACCACCUGUACAACCAAAUCAUGAUCUGAUUAAUUUACUUACACUUUCAUUGGAUUUAAGUUAUACAGAAGAUGAAAUUUACGAACUUUCAUUAGCAAGAGAACCCCGGUCAUCUGUUUCAUCGCCUGACCAACCAUCACGAGGUUUACAUCCAGGUGAAACAGCAAAUGAUUUAACAUCAGAUGUUUAUAAGAAAAAAGAACAUAUGCACGGUCCCGUAUUUGCUGAUUGGGCAGCUGGUGUUAGUCAAACUAUUGAUAUUCAAACAAUUCAACGACAUGUUAAUGCAAUGGUUGAAGCAGUUUUUACAACCUAUGAUCAUGAUCGUGAUGGUUAUAUUUCACAUACGGAAUUUGAAGAAAUAGCACAAAAUUUUCCAUUUAUUGAUACAUUUACUGUACUUGAUGCUGAUCAAGAUGGAAUGAUAUCAAAAACUGAAAUGCGUAGUUAUUUUUUACGUGCUAAAUAUCAUGAUUUAAAGGGUGAAUUUAAACAUGAUUUUCAUGAAACAACUUAUUUUAAACCAACAUUUUGUGUUCAUUGUACUGGACUUCUUUGGGGUUUAAUUAAACAAGGAUGGAAAUGUAAAGAUUGUGGUAUUAAUGCUCAUCGUCAUUGUAAAGAUCAAGUUGUUAUGGAAUGUCGACAAAAACGUUCAAAUCCAGUCAAUAAACAAAGUUCUAUGGGUGGUGAUACUCGUCCAAGUCGAAAUUCAUUUCGUAUACGUAAAGCUCGUAAAAGACAAAAAGGUACACAAACUGAAGAUCUUAAUUUUUCAUCAUCAUCAUCAUCGUCGGGAACAUCAGAAAGUUGUACAAGUUCAUCCGAUGAUGAACAACAAUCAAUUAUUCAUGAUAAGUCUCCUCAUCAUCAAUUAUGGAAUUUACGUAAACCAUCAUCAUUAAAACAUCGAAAACAUGUUUUAUCCGAUUCAAAUGAUGAUUAUUAUUAUACACAUCCACCAUCACCUCCACAACAACAACAACAAAUGAUAAAUAAUCAUCAACUCAUAAAUGUCAUUCCAGUUGCUCAACAAUUAAUUCCACGUGGACCAUUAAUAUGUUCAGAUAGUUUUGAAAAAUGGAAUGAUCGUAGUUUUAUAUGGAAUCGUCCAUUACCAACUCCAACUUUAUUAUCUUCAGCGCCAAGUACAUCAACAGGAACUUCCGAAUCUACAACAAGUAUAACAACAACAACAACUAAAACAGAAAUUGAUGAACAUGAUAAAAAUGAAUCACAACUUCUUCGCGGUCAAGAUGCAUUUCUUGAAGGUGAUGUUAGUGAUGAUGAUGAUGAUACAUCACAUUUCAUUGCACCAAAACAUACUCGUCGUUCACUAAAACCUACUACAUGUAAAGAUAUUGGUUUAAUAACAUGUCCAACAUUAGAUGAUAAUGAUGAUGAUACAUGUUUUACAACGAAUACAAAUUUACAACUCGUUAAAACAACAACAACUAAUUUUGGUAGUAGUCAAAAUUUAAAUACAAGAAAAUUAUCUUUAACGGAAUCAUUACAUUCAUUACCAACAAAAUCUGAUGCAACACAAAAUGAAAUUUUCGAACGAUUAAGACAAGCUGAAGAAGAAAAGAAACGACUUGAAGUUGAAAAUCGUGCAAUGAAACAAGAACUUGUUCGAACAAAAUCAAAAAUUAGUUCAUUAAAACGUGAAAUGAGUUCUAUACAACAAUUACAUCUUGCUCAACAACAAGUUCAUGCACAAUUAUCAGCACCAACAAUAAUAUCAAGUCGACAAGAACUUGAAAAUUAUCAACAUUCAGCAUCUCAAACUUAUCUUAAACCAUCUGUAUUUACAUAUACAACUGAAAAUUGUGAUCGAAUUCGAGUAAAUAAUCAUCAUCAUCAUCAUCAUCACCAUCCGAAAAUUGGAUCUACAUCAAGUACGGAUGAAUCAUUAUCACCUUCAUAUAAAAUAACACAUCCAGUAUGUUCAGUACAAUCAACACAAACAACAUCUCGUUCACCACCAUCAACAAUAAUUAAUUUUUCAAAUUUAUUAUCAUCACCAUCAUUAAAUUAUAUUUCAAAUGAUCAACAACAAGCUCGUCGUUCAGUUAGUUUAACACCAUCUGCCACACUAUGUGAUUCAUCUAUAUCACCAUCUGAUGAACAAUUACGUCUUUAUCUAACUGAAACAUUACAACGAGAAAAAGAUAGUGCUGUUUAG